AUUUGCUGUGGUCUGACGUUGUCUGGUGAAGAAGCAUUUGGUGUUUUUCUUCGAACUUUUGAAUUGCUUAUUUCUUCAUUUAUUGCUGCGAAUGAGAAUGGUUCAUCGUUCGACUGACUUAUGAGGUUCAAAAAAUAAAGUGUAUUAAUUAAUCCUGUGAUGUUGAUGAUGCCUUUGCUUUUGAUUGUUUUGGAUUAUUAUGGUUGCGGUUUGUCAAUGGCUUUAAUCUGAACCGUAGAUGUUCUCCUCUGUCAUUUGAUUGUCCUAAUGCAAGUUCUUAAAACGAAAGCUCAUCUGUGCAUUAGAUUCAUCCAUUACAGUGUUCUGUUAUUGCACUCUCAUUAUCUUUCAAUCACACUUUUGCUCCUAUGGAAGAAUUUCCUGUCCUUACCUCGAACAAAAAUGUCUUCGAAUCGAUAUAUGUGAAUCAGGCGACAUUAGUCGUAGGUUCUGUUGUCUGGGUCGAGGAUCUCGACGAAGCCUGGAUCGACGGGGAGGUUGUGGCCGUCAAUGGCGAGGAUGUCCGGGUGCAGACAACAUCGGGGAAGACAGUUGUCGCCAAGGUAUCUAAUGUCUAUCCGAAAGAUGCUGAAGCGCCGCCGUCUGGGGUGGAUGACAUGACGAAACUAGCGUAUUUGCACGAACCCGGAGUUCUGCAGAAUCUGAAAUCGAGAUACGACAUCAAUGAGAUAUACACAUACACUGGCAACAUUCUAAUUGCCGUCAACCCGUUUCAAAGGUUGCCCCAUCUUUACGACAGUCAUAUGAUGUCGCAAUACAAAGGAGCAGCCUUCGGCGAACUGAGUCCUCACCCGUUCGCCAUCGCGGAUGCAGCCUACCGGCUUAUGGUGAACGACGGCAAAAGUCAGUCGAUUUUGGUCAGCGGCGAGAGCGGGGCAGGCAAAACCGAGAGCACAAAAUUGCUAAUGCAAUAUCUCGCUCACAUGGGCGGAAGAUCGAAAAAAGACGGCGGGAGGACGGUAGAACAGCAAGUCCUCGAGUCGAAUCCCGUUCUCGAAGCUUUCGGUAACGCGAAGACCGUUAGGAAUAAUAACUCAAGUCGAUUUGGAAAGUUUGUCGAGCUUCAGUUUGAUCAGAGGGGUCGGAUAUCUGGGGCUGCCAUUCGGACAUACCUCCUCGAAAGAUCUCGCGUUUGCCAAGUGUCUGAUCCAGAGAGAAACUACCAUUGUUUUUACAUGCUUUGUGCCGCGCCCCGUGAGGUUGUCGAGAAAUACAAGUUGGGAAAUUCGAGAACAUUUCAUUACCUGAACCAGUCGAAUUGCCACAAGCUGGACGGAAUCAACGAUUCUAAAGAGUAUCUAACCACAAGGAAUGCAAUGGGUACAGUAGGAAUGAGCUCCGACGAACAGGAUGCGAUAUUUCGAGUUGUCGCUGCAAUCCUCCAUCUUGGAAACGUCGAAUUCACUAAGGGGAAGGAAACGGAUUCGUCCAUGCCUAAAGACGAGCAGUCUCGGUUUCAUUUAACCGCAGCAGCCGAGUUGUUCAUGUGCGACGCCAAGUCCUUAGAGGACUCGCUCUGCAGGCGAGAAAUUAUUACUGCUGGCGAGAAAAUCGUUAAAGAUUUGGAUCCACAGGCAGCUGCGGACAGCAGAGACGCAUUGGCGAAAAUUGCGUACACAAGGUUGUUCGACUGGCUAGUGGAAAAGAUCAACAAUUCGAUCGGCCAAGAUCCCAAUUCGAAAUCUUUAAUUGGAGUUCUCGAUAUUUACGGAUUCGAGAGUUUCAAGAUUAACAGUUUCGAACAAUUUUGCAUAAACUUAACGAACGAGAAGCUUCAGCAGCACUUUAACCAGCACGUUUUUAAAAUGGAGCAAGAGGAGUAUACUAAAGAGCAAAUUAACUGGAGCUACAUCGAGUUCAUCGACAAUCAAGACGUUUUGGACUUAAUCGAAAAGAAACCCGGUGGCAUCAUCGCACUUCUUGACGAAGCUUGCAUGUUUCCUCGUUCGACUUACGAAACGUUCGCCCAAAAGCUGUACCAGACUUAUAAGGACCACAAGCGCUUCCGGAAGCCGAAACUAGCUCGCUCGGAUUUCACCAUUUCGCAUUAUGCUGGCGAUGUGACGUACAAAACCGAGUUGUUUCUCGACAAGAAUAAGGAUUAUGUUGUCGCCGAACAUCAGUCGUUAUUGAGCGCUUCUAGAUGUUCCUUCGUUUCGGGUCUUUUUCCUCUAUCGAACGAGGAGUCGUUGAACAAGUCGAAAUUUUCUUCGAUCGGGUCAAGGUUUAAGGUACAACUACAAUCUUUGCUCGAAAUUCUGAGCACGACUGAACCUCAUUACAUACGGUGCGUGAAGCCAAACAAUCUUCUUAAGCCGGCGAUCUUCGAGAAUCAUAACGUCCUCCAACAGCUUCGGUGUGGGGGGGUCAUGGAGGCGAUUCGAAUUAGCUGCGCCGGGUAUCCUACGAAAAAACCGUUUAUCGAGUUUGUCGAUCGCUUUGGCAUUCUUGCUCCCGAUGUUUUAGAUGGAAGGUUCGAUCUCUUUUUCCCUCUUCUAAAUUUCAAUUUUCUUUCGAAAAUCUCUCGGGUUUUUUGUUACUUUGUUUUGGUUUUUGAUAGCAUGGAUGACGUUGCUGGUUGCGAGAAGAUCUUGCGGAAAGUCGGGCUCGAAGGGUAUCAGAUUGGUAAAACAAAAGUGUUUCUGAGGGCUGGUCAGAUGGCUGAUUUGGAUGCCCGAAGAACCGAAGUGUUGGGAAGAUCGGCGUGCAUUGUACAAAGGAAGUUCCGUUCUUACAUGGCGAGAAAAAGCUUUUCUUUAUUACGUUGCGCAGCAACGUCUAUUCAGUCUCUCUGCCGAGGAGAACUUUCCAGACACACGUACGAGGGCCUGCGAAGGGAGGCUGCUUGUGUCACGAUGCAGAGACAUUCUCGGAUGUACGUUGCGAGAAAAUCCUACCUAGAACUCUACUCGUCCGCUGUCCUGAUCCAAUCCGUUAUCCGUGGGAUCAGCGCUCGCAACGAGCUUUACUUUAGACGGCGAACAAGUGCAGCAAUUGCGAUUCAGAAACAUUGCCGCAAGUUUAUAGCUCUUUCGGUGUAUAAGAAGCUGAAGAGAGCUGUAAUCACGGCGCAAUGUGCGUGGAAAGGACGAGUUGCGCGUAAAGAACUCCGGAAGUUGAAAAUGGCGGCAAGAGAGACCGGUGCUCUGCAAGCUGCGAAGAACAAACUAGAGAAGCAAGUCGAGGAAUUGACUUUGCGACUGCAGCUGGAGAAACGAAUGAGGGAAUCGAAAACACACGAGACUACGAAAUUGCAGAAUUCAUUAGAGCAGCUUCAGCUUGAGUUGAAAGAAACGAAAGACGAGCUAGAAAAGGAAAAACUUGCUGCAAAAUUGGCCGUGGAGCAAGUCCAGGAAGUUCCUGUGAUAAAGGAGAUUCCUGUUGUCGACACGGAAAUGGUGGAUAAGCUCACUUUCGAAAAUGAAAAACUUAAAGAGUUGGUUAGUUCUCUCGAACACAAAAUCGACGAAGCUGAGAAGAAAUAUGAAGCGGCAAACAAGCUCAGCGAGGAGAGGCUUAAGCAGGCGAUGGAGGCGGAGUCGAUGAUCGUCAAAUUGAAAACUACCGUGCAUAAGCUGGAAGAGAAGAUUGCUGACAUGGAGUUCGAGAGCCAAAUUCUCCGGCAAGAAACCUUUUCUAGUAAUGCUAAUGUAGCAUCAGAGAAUUCUUCGUCGAUUGUGGCGUCUAAGAGAUCGGAAAAUGAGCAAUUUGCGAAUGGAGAUCUACAACGUACUCCCGAGAAAGUUUCGUACGAUACGCCUGAUAGCAAAUCGACAAAACCUUCUCUUGAACGGCAGCUUGAGGAUGUCGACGCACUGUUGGAAUGCGCAAAGAACGACGUGGGAUUCAGUCAAGGCAAGCCCGUCGCAGCUUGCACGAUAUAUAAAUGUCUUUUGCACUGGAAAUCCUUCGAAGACGAGCGAACGAGUGUGUUCGAUCGUCUAAUUCAGAUGUUUGGUUCAGUCAUUGAGGAUCAAGAAAGCAACGACCAUAUGGCGUAUUGGCUGUCGAACACCGCCACAUUAUUGUUCUUGAUUCAAAAAACUAUGAAACCCGUCGGCGCCAACACAACCCCGAGUCGUAAGCCUCCGACGCCGACCUCUUUAUUCGGGAGAAUGACGAUGAGUUUCCGGUCGUCUUCCGGGAAAUAUGCUGCUGCCGCCGACGCUGCGCUCGAAUCCGUACAACAAGUCGAAGCUAAGUACCCGGCUCUUCUUUUUAAGCAACAGCUCACCGCAAUCGUUGAGAAAAUUUACGGAAUUAUUCGAGACAACUUGAAGAAGGAGCUCGGAUCGUUGCUUGCGCUGUGCAUACAGGCGCCGCGAAUCUCCAAAGCGAGUGUGGCGAGAACCGUACGAGCUGCCGGUAAGGAUUCUCCGACGAACCACUGGCUGAGUAUCAUCGACUGUCUCGACUCGUAUCUCCGUACACUCAAGGAGAACUCCGUCCCGUCGCUUCUCGUUCGGAAGAUUUACGAUCAAGUGUUCUCGUUCGUCAAUGUGCAGCUAUUCAACAGUCUUCUUCUCCGUCGGGAGUGCUGCACUUUCAGCAACGGGGAGUACAUCAAAGCGGGUCUUGCCGAGCUGGAAUUGUGGUGCAGCCAAGAGAAAGAAGAGUACACAGGCUCGGCGUGCGACGAACUGAUACACAUCAAACAAGCUGUCGGAUUCUUGGUUAUACAUCAGAAGUACAGAAUAUCCUACGACGAGAUAGCCCACGAUUUAUGUCCCAUACUUAGCGUCCAGCAGCUCUACAGAAUCUGCACUUUGUAUUGGGACGACAACUACAACACCCGGAGCGUAUCGCCGGAAGUUAUGUCGAGCAUGAGAGUGCUUAUGACCGAGGACUUGAACAAUGCGAGCAGCAACUCGUUUCUGUUAGACGACAAUUCGAGCAUUCCUUUCUCGAUCGAUCAACUCUGCGGUUCGCUUCGGUAUAAGGAGUUUUUAGAGGUGAUCCCGGCGCGCGAACUUGUCGCCAAUCCGGCGUUUAAUUUCCUGCAAGAAUGACGAGGCCGCCGGCGAGGCGGCGAGGAAAUCCGGCGACCUUGUACGGUACGGUGGAUGGCAUUCGGACCGGACUGGACCGGACCGGACCGGACCGGCCGAGCGGUGUAGAUUAAUCAAUUUUGACGUUGUAUAUUAGUUCUUUUUUUUUUUUUUUUUUUUGUUAGAUUUAUAUAUUUGAUGGUAACAUAUGAUUAUUGUUGGAAAAAAUAAAUGGUGUGCUUAUAAUGGGCUCGAAUGAGUUUCGUCCUAUAUAACGACCCAAAAAAAGGCAAUGAUGGGUUUGUAAUAAUAAUAAUAAUGUUAAUAAUAGUAAUGUACUGAUUGGUC